GACGUCGACUCGACAUACGGCUCCGACCAGGACUCGGCCUACACCGGCUCCAUCACGUCCUCCAUCUACAACUACCAGUACGAGAACGGGCGCCGCUACCACGCCUACCGCGAGGGCCAGUACGUGCUGCCCAACGACACGCAGGAACAGGAGCGCCUCGACCUGCAGCACCACAUCUGGCGCCUCCUCAUCGGCGGCCGCCUGUACACGGCGCCGCUCCCGCCGCCCGACAGCGACGCGGCGGCGCUGCGCAUCCUCGACCUCGGCACGGGCACGGGCAUCUGGGCCAUCGACAUGGCCGACGAGUUCCCGUCGGCGUCCGUCUUCGGCGUCGACCUGUCGCCGAUCCAGCCCGAGUGGGUGCCCAACAACUGCCGCUUCCACGUCGACGACUACGAGGACGAGUGGACGUACCAGGAGGACGAGAGGUUUGACUACAUCCACGGGCGCGCGCUCAGCGGCACGUCGGCGGACUGGCCGCGCUUCUACCGCCAGGUCAUGAACAACCUGAAGCCGGGGGGCUGGCUCGAGAUGCAGGAGUACGACGCGUGGAUCUUCAGCGACGACGAUAGCUGCGACCGCGCGCCGUGGACCAUGGAGUGGGUUGACAAGCUGGAUGCCGCGAGCAGGCUGUACGGGAAGCAGAUCAACGUGGCGCGAUAUCAGAAGCAGUGGAUCAUGGAUGCCGGGUUUGAGGAUGUCGAGGAGAGGGUAUACAGGAUACCCAUCGGCCCAUGGGCAAAAGACCCCACGCUCAAGGAGCUCGGCAAGUUUGAGCUGACGCACAUGCAAAUGUCGGUCGACUCGCACACGCCCGCGCUCUUCACGCGGGUGCUCAACUACUCCAAGGACCAGGCCGACGUGCUGAUGGAGGGCGUCAAGCGGGAGUUUCGCAGCCGCGACCUGCGGCUGAUUACCUCGUACCGGUUCAUCAUUGGGAGGAAGCCUCUGAAUGCGUAG